UCUCUUCUUUUUCUACCCAUCUUUGGUGGCACUAUUUGCUCUGACGCCGCUCUCGCUGCCUGUCUGUCAGAGGUUACUCGUAUCUCUUCUUGUUGAAAAUUCUCCUCCGCUAUUAGGUUGUAUUUCCUGUUCUACCCGUUUAGUUUCUGUGUAAGCUUUGACUGGUGCAUGACUGAACCCAGCAGACAUAGAUGCUGUACCUGAGCCUGUGUGAAGCACCCUGUCUCUGUGUUCUGGGACCGGUUGACACGAGAUGAAACUCUGCGGCUCAGCACAUCAUGAGCAUCCAGAAUUUGGGUGGAGCUUUAGGAGAGUCGCUCGGCUCUAGCCUGACCGUGCGUAUGAGCGGGGCAGCUGGCAGCUGGAGUUCUCUCUCCCUGAAAUCUGUGUCCUCAGUACGUAUGGCCUCAAUUUUCCAGACCAUGGUCCCUACUGGUUAUUCCAAACUUCAGGAGGAACGAUUGGUCAUGGCUGACCUCGGAACUAAAUCAGAGGCUGGCUCGUUGCAGAAUGGCUACAGGCAGGAGACUUCUCAUUUAGAGGGCAGACGGAUCCUUGACCGGGCCUCUCGCUCCUCGAUAACUCUGUCUGACUGUGGGGAUGGAUGUUACUCUGAGACAGAACCCAUGCUCACGGAGAGGAGGCUCUCUGGGGAAGAGACCAGCAACAAACAGGAGGAAGAUCAGGUGGAAGGGCAAGGAUCACAUGUGCUGAAUAUGCCCAAGGAGUCUCUGCUCGCUAUGACUUUGCAGAUGUUGGUGCCUUUCCUUUUGGCUGGAUUUGGAACUGUGUCAGCUGGAAUGGUGCUGGAUAUUGUUCAGCACUGGGAAGCUUUCCAGUUCAUCACUGAGAUCUUUAUUCUGGUACCUGCUCUGCUGGGUUUGAAGGGGAACCUGGAGAUGACUCUUGCCUCGAGGCUCUCUACAGCGGUGAACGUGGGUAAGAUGGACUCUCCCAUAGAGAAGUGGAAUCUAAUCAUUGGCAACCUGGCUCUGAAGCAGGUCCAGGCCACAGUGGUGGGAUUCCUGGCAGCUGUAGCAGCCGUGGUUCUCGGUUGGAUCCCUGAGGGGAAGUUUCAGAUGAGCCACGCUGUUUUGCUGUGCUCAAGCAGUGUGGCCACAGCCUUCAUUGCCUCCCUGCUGCAAGGUAUCAUCAUGGUUGGAGUAAUUGUGGGUUCUAAGAAGACGGGCAUCAAUCCAGACAAUGUAGCCACACCUAUUGCAGCGAGUUUCGGUGACCUCAUCACCUUGGCGAUCCUGGCCUGGAUAAGCCAGGGCCUCUACAAAUGUUUGGACUCCUACCCCUAUGUGUCGUCGUUGGUUUGUGCUUUCUUCAUGUGUCUGACUCCUUUGUGGAUCGUCAUCUCCUCCAAGCACCCAGCCAGCCGCACGCUGCUCUACUCCGGAUGGGAGCCGGUCAUCACUGCUAUGGUCAUCAGCAGCAUUGGAGGACUCAUUCUGGACAAAACGGUGUCUGACCCAAACCUCGCUGGCAUUGUUGUGUACACCCCAGUUAUUAGUGGUAUUGGUGGAAACCUUGUGGCCAUUCAGUCCAGUAGGAUUUCCACCCACUUACAUUUCCACUGUGUACCUGGGGAGGUUCCUGAUGAGGCCAAGGGCUGCUACUACCCCUGCCGCACCUUCUGUGGCACAGGUGCAAAUCAUCGCUCGGCUCAGGUGCUCCUGCUUUUAUUGAUUCCUGGGCACCUGAUCUUCUUGUACACAAUACACCUGAUGAAGAGUGGCCAUACCACCCUCACGCCCAUCUUUAUGUCGGUCUACCUGGCUGCUGCUUUGCUGCAGGUUUUGCUGCUGCUGUGUAUUGCAGACUGGAUGGUUCAUUCCAUGUGGCGAAGCGGCAAAGAUCCGGACAGUUUCUCCAUCCCGUACCUGACUGCUCUGGGUGAUCUGUUAGGCACUGGCCUGCUGGCGAUCAGCUUCCACUUCCUGUGGCUCAUCGGAGACCAGGACAGUGACGUGGGUGACUGAAGAGGCCUUUGAGAGCGUCGCUGCAGUGACUCCGGGCAUCCUGGAGUUUGAGUUCUCCUAACCUGGGACCUUGAGUGCUUCCUCUCGCUGACCAGCAGACUCUUUCCUACACCCUGAAGGCAUUACAUUCUUCAAACAAGACUGUUCUCAGUAGCUGUUCUGAUCUGCAUCAUUUGUACUAAAGCAUCUGGAUAAUUUACUCUGGUUUUAUGAAGAGAAACAGGAAAACAUAAACAUGAAGGCGGUGCUAUUUACCAGCCAAGCAUUAGCUGUAGAUCUUCUCCUGAAACUACAUUUUAUACUUUUUGGGACUCUUUUUAGGGAACUUACCGCUAACUGUGUUUUAGAAUUUGCUACCUGCCUUUCUGCUUUGUGUAGCUUAGCAUCAGAGUCAGUGGGUGGAGCCUGAAGAGGAGCGAAGGACAAAAAUCCUUGUUUUGUUUCAGAUCAUUCCUACAACACUUGAUGACUGUGAUCAGUUUGUGUUUUUGUUAUCGGGAUGUUUCUGUUUUGUUUCUGUUAUCUUAUAUUUUCACCCUAAAUCAUACAAAACAGAUCAGGGUUCAAAUAAAUUGGCCUUAUUGGUUUUCGGUUAAGCUUGGCAAUGAACACUAUCCUCCAUGUUUUUCUGGGAGGCUAAAAAUGAAAUGAAAGGCAAACCAUUGAUGUAUUCAGAUGUUUACAGCCAGAUUUCAGAAGCAAAAUUCUGUAUUUUGGAUCAACUUUUCUACAACUGACUUUAACAUCACAUUUGAGGGUUAAAGUUAUUUGUUCACACCAAGAACCCAAAGUGAUUCAGUAAGCCAGAGAUAAUAACUGGAGCGAGGUACUUGAGCAUCACGAUGAUGUCUGCAGCAGUUGUUUGCUGGCUGGUGGACAACCUAUUUUGAUCUUUUACGGGCAAUCAUGGAGUACUUCAGAUUAUACUUAAACAACCCUCUUGUUUAUAUUUAUUCUGUUUGCUUGUCUGGUGUUGAGGUUUACAUGGGGGAGGAUGACUCGUUUGAUGCUAGCAUCCUGUUUACACACGCGCGUAGAUUCAGCUAGCAUAAACAAACGUGUAGUUAAAUAACACAACUUAAUUAAAAGCCAGAUUUGUGUUUGUCAUAAGUCACAUUUUCCAAACCAGCUCCAUUGGAGAUUAUUUAUUAGCCACAGGUUGAAAUCAGUCCUGACUCUGGCUAGAAUGAUCCCAGCUCUAACGCUGGGUCAGUUAAACACCUCAUCCUAACAGGCUUACCUGUUGUCUUCAUGGGAACACAGCUAAAGGUUCUCCUUAACUUCUGUUUGUGCCUCUUAACGUGGUUGACGUGGGUUUUCUGUGUCAUACCGUCAAUGCAAGUUCGUUUCUACUGCACUUUUAUACUCAAAUCUAUAUGUUUUUUCUUUUCAGUUUCAUUGUUUAUGAAGCAGUUUUUUUACUGCCACAUGUGGAAUUUGGGAGAUCAUCUGAGAUGACAGAAAAGUGAAAUAAACUUUGAUUUUGUGGCUUAAAUAAUCCAAAAUCUGCUGUGAACACAGUUGAAUAAACAGCGUAAAAGGCA